UAUAAUGGCAAUCAGUUAGAUGGCCGAAAAAUUAGUUGAUUAGAGUUGCUGAAAUGAUUUACGUGAGACAUUUGUGUCAAAUAAACAAUCAAAGCAUUUCGAUAUAACCCUAUCAAAACCUCUUUCCCCACCAUCCAUCAACACCUCACUCUCAUUUUGUAUCCUCAUUUCACUUCAGCAUGGCGUCCUCCGCUCCUUCGUUGCAAUACAACAAUAUCGUCUUUCAUCAUGUUCCUAAUCAUCAAGCACCCGGUCUAUUAGCAGCAAUGCUUACGUUUUCAUUUUGUCUUGGAGUGAUUACGUUGGAAAUCUUGUCAAAUUUACGAUAUGAUUACAACCUAAUCAAAAGACCCGGUUGGAGAGAACCGGUAAAAGCAUCAAAUCGUUUAUCAUACUUUUUAUGUCGUUAUGGUUGUUUCGUUUUCAUGUUAAUCACUGUGAUUUAUAUGAAUUUGCCCGGUUCAAAUUGUCAUGAUUAUGCGAUCGGAAUAAACGUAAUGUGGGUUAUUCCACUUAUCACUGUCGAUUUAAUCUUCGUUCAACGUACUUUGGCCGUUUAUAAUUGGAAUAAACUCAUCACCAUCCCACUUGGAUUCUUGUAUAUCUCUUAUGUGGCUUUAUGUACCUACUCUGUGGUCACGUUUGGAUACGGAUACAACAUUCCUGGAACAUCAUUCUGCGCUUAUCAAACCAUCCCUACAAGUCAAAAGCCACAUGCAACCGUGUUUAUCUGUUACAUCGUUCUCGUCAUCCUUUUGGAUUCUUUGAUCUUGCUAUUGACAACACACAGAUUAUUGGAAGGAGGCUUGGGCAAUCUGUACCAUUUGAUCGUUACAAAGACGGCCGAGAACCGUAAAAACAAAGCAUUACGUAAAGCAGAAGGUCAUUCGGUCGGAGAAGUUUCUUUGAGUGGAUUGCUGUUACGUCAAGGUGUUGGAUACUUUAUGCUUUUGGAACUUUCGCGAUUGGCUUUCUUGAUUGUUUAUUAUACAGUAAACAAUGAAACUUCUUAUCAAGUUUUGGUUUCGGGUAUUCUCGUUCUCGUUGGUCCGGUAAUGGCAGGAAUGUUAUUCCGUCAAACUUCUGAAGCUGUUAAACGUGCGGCCAUCAGUAGUUCUGAUAGAGGUCAAGGACCUGUUUUAAGUCAAGGUAGAAGUUAUCGUUCUUCAAUGCCAACAACACCUGCAAACUUUACAUCAUUCACUCCUUUGUCUCCUUUAUCGCCAACGACACAUAUGGCACGCGAGAAUGCAAUGAACGGACAAGGUCAUCUUGUCAAUCCAAACUUAUUCACACCAAUUUCUCCUCAUAAAGGUGAUAGCAUGGAUCAAGAUACGAUCGGAACGGAAUACUUUGGUAAUGAAAGAAGCAGAACGAACAGCGAUAAUGCGCCUUUGAACGGUGAUCAAACCAUCAGUCUACAAGAUCCAAGAGGAUUACAAGUGUACGUCGAAGAAAAGACUGACGUUGAAUCUGUUCAAAUGUCACCAAUGGACUCUCAACAAAAUCAUCGUGGAAGAUUCAAUUUGAAUCCAACAGAAGAUAGUUUACCAAUUCAUCAACAAUACGCUCGUUCCAAUCAACCAUACUUUGCAAGCUCACCACAUGCUCAACAAGGCAGUAUUGGCGGUCAUCAUGGCCCGGCUUCCAAUCACUCUCAUUCUACUUCCGGUCAUCGUAACUUUUUGGAAGAUAAUGUACAAUUCACACCCGUGCUACCACAUCAACUCGAAGAGCAAAGACAUAGCGCUUAUGGAAGUGCUCAAUAAUUCCCACACUCUUUUUUCGCAACCUAUUCUCCGAUAAUCUUUUUUCCUUCUCGAGACUCUAUCCCUGUAAUCUAAGACUUAUUAAUCGGAAAGAGAAGAUGUUGUACAAUUCAAAACCAGAGAGUGACGAUAUAAAGAAUGCAAUUGACAGAUAUUCCACAACAAGGGUAUGUACAUCAUCACUUUUUCAACGGUUGACCGCCAGGGUAUAUUGGAGUAAAUAGGUUCAGCAAUAAACCUUUUCCUUUACCUAAACUGGUGACCCAUUCACCAAAGACGG